UGGUCCCUGGUCCCUGGUCCAGUCAUGUUGUUGCCAUUAACAGCGCCGUGGAAUUUUUAUGACCUCCCUCUUUUGUUCUGCCUCUGUCUCCCUGUCGCAGGUCCGCGUACUCGCAAGCCCAAGAAGCCAGCGACCACGAGCGCUGCGGGCAGCAGCAGCGGCGACAAGUCCGAUCCGGACGGCGCCUCCGGAUGCGGCGGCGUGCCGGAGGACAAGCGACCCCGCACCGCCUUUAGCGGCACCCAGCUGGCCCGACUGAAGCAUGAGUUUAAUGAGAACCGCUACUUGACAGAGAAGCGCCGCCAGCAGCUGAGCGGCGAGCUGGGCCUGAACGAGGCGCAGAUCAAGAUCUGGUUCCAGAACAAGCGGGCCAAGCUGAAAAAGUCGAGCGGCACCAAGAAUCCGCUGGCGCUGCAGCUAAUGGCCCAGGGCCUCUACAAUCACUCGACGGUGCCGCUGACGCGCGAGGAGGAGGAACUGCAGGAGCUGCAGGAGGCGGCAGCGGCGGCAUCGGCGUCAGCGUCGGCAGCGGCAGCGGCCGAGCCAUCAUAGGGGCAAUAUUUAUUGUAUAAUUAACCAUAAUAUUAAUAUUUAAAUUUAUUGCGUAGCGUGUAAGCUUAGUGCUUAAAGUUGCUAAACAAUUAAGUUGUAAAAUAUUCUAGUCCCCCCUCGGCGCACGCGACGCGAUUUGCCCGCUCGGAUGUGGACGUGGAUGCGGAUGCGGUGGAGAUGGAGUCGCAGUCGGAGCUGGCCCGCGCUGCGCUGCGUGUUUUUGUAUAAUAAACUUAGAAAUAGAAAAAUAAUGCAAAAAAAAAAA